CUUUCUUCAGACAGAUAAAGAACAGUGUACUCAUUUUCAGCAGUUGUUUGGCGUACUGAAAAUCAUGGGUUACAACUGGACAGAACGAUGUCGGCAUGUUUCCUUUGGGUUAGUUAAAGGGAUGAAGACUCGGAAAGGAGAUGUUGUCUUUCUAGAAGAUGUUAUGAAUGAAGCCCGGUGCAGAAUGCUGCAAAACAUGGCUGCCUCAAAGACAACAAAGGAAUUGGAAGAUCCUGAAGAUACUGCAGAAAAAGUGGGUGUGGCUGCACUUAUUAUUCAGGACUUCAAAGGACCCCUCUUGUCUGAUUAUGAAUUCGACUGGGAUCGUGUCCUCCAAAGCCAUGGAGAUACUGGAGUAUUUUUACAAUACACUCAUGCAAGGCUGUGUAGUUUACAGAGAUCAUUUGAAAAUAGAAUAGAGGAGCAGUUCAACCCAGCGUAUUUACAAGAACCUCAGGCAAUUGCAUUAUUGCAGCAUCUCCUCAGGUAUGAUGAAGUUCUGUUCCAAGUUUCGGAGGACCUCCAACCUAAACAUCUUGUAAGCUACCUGAUAAUGUUGAGCCGUCUUGCUUCUAUAGCUCACAGGACUCUGCACGUCAAAGGCAGCUUAUCUGAAGUAGCAACGGCAAGAUAUCUACUUUUCAAGGGAACCGCUUCCGUGUUAGCCAAUGGAAUGAAACUGCUUGGUAUAACGCCAGUGGAGAAGAUGUGAUGUAGCACCUGCUUUUAUAUUCUAAUCAAUUUAAUGACUCAAUUCAACAAAAUUUAAGUAAAGAUGUGAUUAAACCCACAUGUUUACAAUAGCUGAUUAAACCCAAAGUAAACUUUGCUUUUAGCUGAGUACCCAUAAGGAAGAAAACAAGAUGGCAGACUAAAAUUUCCUUGUGCAACAUUCGGUGGAGAGCAGGAAUUUCUCUAAUUCAACUCCACGUGAGGUAUGGCCCACUGUCCAGAGAAGAAUGAAGAGCUGAGGAAAGCCUGUCUUGUUUCAGACGGUCUAUUUCAUAGAACCAAGAUUGUGAGAAAUUGCUGCUGGCUGAUCCGAUUAUGGUCAGUUUGGUAGAAAGAAAUGAAAUGUAUUAUUUAAUGAGAGAGUGAUUGCAGAUCUCUGUAGUAUGGAGGGAUCUGGGUAUCUUGGUACAUGUAUCACUGUUAAUAAGCAGUUGAGAAGGCAAAUGGAAUGUUUAUUGCAAGGAGAAUGGGAUAUAAAAGUAGCAAAGUUUACUGCAGCUGUUCAAGGCCUUGGUGAGACCACAUCUAGAGUACUAUGUACCUUUUUUUUGACUCCAUAGGAAAGGGUAUAAUUGCACUAGAAGUGGUUCAGAGAAGAUUCAGAUAACUGAUUCCUGCAGUGAAAGGACUCUUAUGAGGGAAAGUUGCAAAGUUCUGCUUUUAUCCAUUGGAAUUUAGAACAAUGAGAAAUGAUCUUGUUGAAACAUAACAGAUCCUGAGGGAACCUGCCAGGGUGGUUGCUGAAAGGAUGUUACUGUCUGUGGGGAACACCGUUUUAAACUAACAGACAUCCCAUUUAAUACUGAAAUGAGGAGAAAUUUUCUGAGGAUCAUGAGUCCAACAAAUUUUCUUCCCCGCAGAGCAUUGAAGGCAACGUAAUUGAAGUCUUUCAGCAAAUAAUUAUAUAGGUUCUUGAUACGUAUGUUUGCUCAUAUCCUGUUCAUUACUUGCUUUCCAAUUUAUCUUUGUACUGUCAACAUACUUGGCCAUAAAACAGACAGUCCCUUCAUCAGAGUCAUUAAUAUAGAUUGCAAACAGUUUGAUUCCAUAAUGAAAUUAUGUACUACUAGAUUAAUAAUUCAAAUUAAUCUCAGCUAGAUGGUCCAACAAAGCUUCUAUUUUUUUUUUAAAUAUUGAGCAUUACUGGGCUGACGAUGAUCAGAUUAUGUGGUGGGGAAAGUGAGAUCUUGAAUGAUCGGUCAGCGCUGAGCUCAAUGAGCAGCUAGUUUUAAAAAGCUCUUGAGCUACCCUUCCAUUCCUCCCCAUCAACACACCAACUAUCUGAAAUGGAUUUCUACCCUGAAGGGGGAAUGUGGUCAAAACAACCUGAAAACAUCGGGGCAACAUCUGAGGAAAGGGUUGUCUAGAAUUGUUAUUAGAGUUACUAUCAAGGAUACUACCAUCAUACGCUCUUCCACAAACAAAACUCUUCUGCUCUUAUUUGGUAGCCAAGUUUGGAAUUGAUUCAUUUGAAUUGACUGACAGUAUUGCUUGUAAUAAAAAUUGUCACUAAGUGGAAUCAUUUCCAUUUGUUUCUGCAACCUGUGCUUCAAUGCAACCUAGGUUUCUAGGGUGAAAUCUUCUCUGGUUGCAAAUAAACUUGGUCAGUAUUAAGGAGAGGUAGGUUCAAAACAGCAUGUUCACAGACUGCAAUCCAAGUGGCUAUUAAAAAUAGCUGGUGGGGAUAAUAGCCUGACCCCUCUUGUGGAGCUAAGACGGAAUAAAAGGAGGUUUCAUUCUGCAUCUGGCUAUCCUUUUGCUGAUCUGGAAGUACAAUACAGCUAAUUGAACAGUGAUAAAAUGACUUGUGGGCAUUGCCUCUCUGAGCAGUAGCUUGCCAAUUAAUUUCUUUUCCUGACCUAAAUGCAAUAUCUCUUUCUUUACCCCCCACCCAAAUGUGUGAACUAGAUGAAAAUUUGUGGGUACAUUUACUGCACCUUUGUAUCCAAGGAAGUAGUUUGAAGCACAUAUCAACAUGAAAAUGCUAACAUUUCUGUGGGGUUACAUCCAGUGAUAGAUUAAUGCACUGAUGCAGAUAGCCAUUUUAUGCUAGGUAUGGUAUAAUUUCGAACUUUCGCAACCCAGCAAUUUUCAAGCUUAUUUUCCAUUCUCUCGUAUGAUUUCCCAACACAAAAAUUGUCACCCAGAGCAAAGUUUGACAUAGUGCACAUUUUGACUGGCCUCCAAGUAAAUUAGUUUAUAGUUAAACAGGAUUACUGACUGAAUGGCAUACUCCACAGGUAGGGGUCUCACAUCAGUAACUGUGGCCCAAAGUAGUUCAAAAGUACUAAGAUGUUGAACUGUUUGCAAAAACUGAGGUUUUGUUUCAUGUUUGCUGGUGCUGCUUGGCUAGUUUUGUACACUUUGCAGUAGUCAUAGUGACUACUGAGUUUAACUGUAAACUAUUAAAGAAGCUCAAAGUAAGAACUGGCACUGGUUACUUGCCUUCUUCAUGGUUGUCUUCACCUCUGGUUUCAUUGCAUGAUUUUUUUUUUAUUUGAAUUGGGCCAGAUUUAUAUCUAAAAGGCAAUUUCCGGUUCAGAUAUUUGACUGUUUCUUCAUACUAUCAAAAUGGUCCAGAUUUGAAUAUUUCCUUGGGAAUAUUGUGGCAGUUUUGAACUCCAAUUGUUUUCUUCAGUCUUUGAAUUAGAGGCAGACUGCUGCUGGGAGCUUUCCUUUGUGCUCAUUGCUAGCUUCUGUGGCCUUGGUUCUCUCAUAAUUAUACAAUCUAUAUCUUGAAUGGCACCAGAAUGAAUGACCCUGUUUCUGUAACUUUUUUGUCAUGUUUAGUAACUGUGUCAAAUCAAAUAGCUCAUGUGAUGAGGCUGAUGACUUGUUUGUGUCUGCUACACUGUUUGCUCAUAGUUUUUCACUGAAGUUGGAAGCAGAAACAUAAUUGGUGAAUAGAGAAUGCUGGAAUCUGCAAAGGGAAGAGUUAGUAGAUAAGGGUUGAAAUCUUGACUUUUAAGGUGGGUUUUAGUUUCCCUUGUUCACAGGACAUGAAUGGUGUUGGCCAGACUUCAUUUAUUUCCUAUCCCUGAAAGAAUAAUGGCAGUCUUUGAGCAACUGCAUCUUUGCAUUGUUGGUGCUUCCAUAGGUUUUCAUGACAAAUUCCAAAUUUGUAACAAAGAAAUGGCAGUACAUGCUCUGACGUGACAAU